AUCUGGCAACCCAACGCGCAGCUCCACUGCUACGUUUUCUGGGCAGAUAGACACGGCUGUGAGCAUGAGUGGGAGAUGGACUGAGUGAGGGUGCUCUUCCGACCAGUGCUGCCGAUAGCAUUGCAAUAACCACAACCUAAGUUGAUAUAACAGACGAUUUUAAAUCGCCGAAUCAACAAGAAAAAAAGAAGAAAAAAACAGUGCCGUCACCAAUCUUUCCCAUCCCACUCCAAACACACUAACACGGCAUUGAUGGUAAUGUAUGCAAGGAAACAACCGAGACUCGGCGAUGGGUGCGACCGAAGAGAUUCUCAGCCCUACCAGGCACUCAAAUACUCGUCCAAGAGCCAUCCAGGAGGGGACCACCGGCAUGAGAAGAUGCGAGACUCCUCAGAUGUCACUCCUCCAUGCAAGAUGCUUAGGAGGUCCAACAGCCCUGACCACAAACACGUCGACAGCGCAGUGCACGGCAGAGCAAAGGCUGUCCACACACACCGGGCCAGAGACAGGGACGGAGGGACCAGUUAUUCUCCACAAGAAAAUUCUCACAACCACAGUUCCCUUCAUGGCUCCAACUCGCAUUCUCACCCCAGCAAGACCUCAGACACACCUUACGAACCCGGAGACGACUGGUCGGAGCACAUCAGCUCAUCUGGAAAGAAGUACUAUUACAACUGCAGGACUGAGGUGUCCCAGUGGGAGAAGCCCAAAGAAUGGUUGGAGAGAGAACAGAGGCAAAAAGAGGCAACAAAGACUGCAGUCGUCAACAGUUUCCCCAAAGACAGAGACUACAGAAGGGAGGCCAUGCAAUCAUCGGCAGCCCCUAGUUUUACUGGAGCAAAGUCGGCUCAGGCGGAGAAGCCUGCAGCUACCCUUGCCGCCCAGUCAUCGUCGUCUGGCUCGGGGAGCUUGAACCCCUCAUCGGGGACGCCAGGGUCAUCCGCCUCCACGGUGCCCGUGUCCCCGGUCCUGCAGUCCCCUGCACCGCCGUUCCUCCAGGACCCCACUCUGCUCCGCCAGCUCCUCCCAGCACUUCAGACCGCCCUGCAGCUAAACAAUGCCAGUGUGGACAUGGCAAAAAUCAACGAAGUUCUCACAGCUGCUGUCACGCAAGCUUCAUUACAGUCGAUGCUCCAUAAGAUCCUCACUGCUGGACCGUCGGCUUUCAACAUCACGACGAUCCUCUCUCAAGCCGCUCAGCUCUCCAACCAAGCUCAGCAAUCGAACCAGUCACCCAUGUCGCUGACAUCGGAAGCCUCGUCGCCCAGGUCGUAUGUUUCCCCAAGGAUCAGCACACUCCAGACCAACGCCGGUCCCCUGAAACCCCUCCUAAGCACUCAGCCGAUCAUCUCGCAUCCGAAAGUGGGUUCCCAAACAGGGAAGCAGUCCUCUCAUCACCAGCCCACGUCCCAGCAGUCCCCCUCCAGCGAUAAGCAGCACAGUCACGACGCCACCACGGCCUCUCCGCGCACCCUCCAGCGCCAAUGCAGUCACAGGAGUCCCUCCCCAGGUCCCAACCACAUCUCCAGCAGCAGCAAUGCCCCCAACUCUGCCUCCGCUCCCUCAUCUGCAUCGCGACCCUCCUACUCCUUCACCCCCUCCCUCGCCGCCCACUUCGAUGAGCAUCUCAUUAGACACGUGCAGGGCUGGCCCGCCGAACAUGCGGAGAAGCAGGCGUCGAAACUACGUGAAGAAGCUCACACCAUGGGGAGCAUCUGUAUGUCUGAGAACUGCACCGAGCUCAAAAACCUGAGGUCCUUGGUCAGAGUUUGUGAAAUACAAGCAACAUUGCGUGAGCAGAGAAUAUUGUUUCUGAGACAGCAAAUCAAAGAACUUGAAAAGUUGAAGAAUCAGAAUUCAUUCAUGGUCUGAGAACUUCUAGUUGCGAGUUAAAGCACGAGUUUGGGUGGGCAGGGGUGUUUAAAAAAUAAAAGCGGAUGGGGGGGGGCAGGGGAGACCCAUUGCACCUAGGUGCAAACUGGAGGGAGAGCGGUUGUUUUGGUUCCUUUUGAGUCCAGUCUUAACACACGCAGGAGCCGCUGCAGUCGGGCUGGCUUUGGAUCGCUGGGCUGGGAGAACCCCGAGGGAGACUCGAAGAGCCUCGGCCGGGGGGGGAGGCUUUACAAGACUCUUGUUUUGUAAUAAAUUUAAAAAAACACGGCGGUGGAUUUAAAAAAAAGAAAAGUAGAUUUCUUGUAGAUGUUAUUAUCUAUGUUGUACAUACGUUUUGUAGAUUGAAGCCAUGGACAGCCAUGCCUCUCAGCUUUUGACAUCCAAACUAAUCAACGCCUCGGCGGCUACAUUUAGCUAGCCUCUCCUUCACGUUAACUUGUCUGCAGACUUACAGCUUCUUUUUUAUUUUAUCUUACAGGGGGGGCGGGGGCAAUUCAUGGAUCAUUGAGCAUGCGUGAUCUGCACAUCAGCAGAGGAGGAUAUUCCAAAGCCAUUAACAUACACACACACACACACACACACAAACAAGUCAAGCAUAGAAAACGGAACACGCUGGAUCCCAAGUGGUUUCUUUACUCAUCAAAUAUAAAGCUGAUUUACUCUUGUCUAGACUCUUUUCCUGUGCCCCUCUCUGGGUGAACUGUAACCUUGACUCGGGCGAGGUAAACUCCUCCCCCCCCCCCCUCUCUCUGCAGGUCUAUCAUGACUGCUUGCCACGGUUCAGUGAUCUACUCGCAGCUUCUGGUGGCCCUGCAUGUCCCAGUCUAAGGAAAAAUAAACAAACAGAAGAAAACAGUGCCUGGUGGUGUGGUGAAGUGAGUGAUUUAAAGAAGAAAAAUAAAUUAAAGUUCAGACGUGAUGGCGCGCUGCUUUGGAACAUUCCCCCCCCCCCCCCCCACCUCAGCCCUGACCCCCCCCUCACCUCCUUCUCCUGAGGCAUCAACACUUUCACACCCAACUUUGUAGUAUUUCUUUUGUUUUCCAACUAUUUUUGCCCUCCCCAUUGUAUUUUUCAAGAUGAGGAGGCCACCACAGGUUCAUUCCUUUUGUACAGUUGCUAAGAGUGGAGUUGUUUUUUGUUCUUUUAUUUCAGAAGAGGACAUGGAAUGAAAAGUUUUUAUUUAUAAAGAGUCGUAGUAGAAAGCGGUAAAUAGCUAUUUGCAGUUCAGGAGUGGCCCUCUGGGUUUAGAAGCGGGCGGGCACAGAUCUCCUGUCGAAGCAGGGCAACAAGAGGUCACAAGGUCAAAUGUGAAUUGUAUGUAUUGUAAUAAAGAUGUUCAACUAAAGCAAGCGCUUGUUAUUUUCUUGGGAGUGUUACGGUUUGGUCCAUACACUAGUGCCUUGUUGAAAGUCUUAAGUCUCACAGCCUCACUCCCCCUCCCCCAUUUCAUCUCUUUUGACAGUCGAGAACAGAUCUCGGAUGAGCAUGUCGUGCACGGGGGUUGAUUUGUUUUCCCCACUCUUAAUUGUUUUGUUCCCCACUGUUGAAGAGCAGGGUCCUAAGCUGCAAUGGCCUGUUUUUUUUAAUUACAAUUUUUAUUUUUGUCCGCCAUCGUACUAUUGAAUAACUGAACCGCACCACAUAUUCAGUAAAGGUGACCACAUCCUUGCUUUGUAUAUUGUUUCCUGAAGUAUAUUGACAAAUGAAAAUAAAAUAUGCCUCCAAGGCCAUGUUGUUCUUGGGAUGGUA